UAAAUUCGUUGCUGGUGGCCGCUGCGGGUGCAACCGCAAAGGCUGAUCCGCGAGGAGCUGGGGAGGCUCGUGGAGCCGAUGCUUCCUCUUCCACGUCAGGUCGGCUCCCAUUAUCUUCUCACCGUUCGUCGGUCCCGUCUCCCUGAGCAUUUGCAUGAGCUCUUUGGCGUGGGGGAGCUCCGGUGACCAUGUAGGGGGAACAGAGAGAGGAAGCUCCGGGUGCUUGGGACGAGGUCAGCGCCGUCUACACGCCGCCCCCCACCCCCCUCCCGUGCGGGCCGCUGGGCCCGUGGGCCCCGGCGGGAACUCCGGCCUCCAGUUGUGGCCUGGCCGGGAGCGCCACGAAUUCUCGCGUCGUCUCGCGAGAAUCUAAGUUGAAGGAACAUGGCGACGUCUAAUCUGUUAAAGAAUAAAGGCUCUCUUCAGUUUGAAGACAAAUGGGAUUUCAUGCGUCCAAUUGUUUUGAAGCUUUUACGCCAGGAAUCUGUUACAAAGCAGCAGUGGUUUGAUCUGUUUUCGGAUGUGCAUGCAGUCUGUCUCUGGGAUGAUAAAGGCCCAGCAAAAAUCCAUCAGGCUUUAAAAGAAGACAUUCUUGAAUUUAUUAAACAAGCACAGGCACGAGUUCUGAGCCAUCAAGAUGAUACAGCUUUGUUGAAAGCAUAUAUUGUUGAAUGGCGAAAAUUCUUUACACAAUGUGACAUUUUACCGAAACCUUUUUGUCAACUAGAGAUUACUUUAAUGGGUAAACAAGGCAGCAAUAAAAAAUCCAAUGUGGAAGACAGUAUUGUUCGAAAGCUCAUGCUUGAUACAUGGAAUGAGUCAAUCUUUUCAAAUAUAAAAAACAGACUCCAAGAUAGUGCAAUGAAGCUGGUUCAUGCUGAAAGAUUAGGAGAAGCUUUUGAUUCUCAACUUGUCAUUGGAGUAAGAGAAUCCUAUGUUAACCUUUGUUCUAAUCCUGAGGAUAAGCUUCAAAUUUAUAGGGACAAUUUUGAGAAGGCAUACCUGGAUUCAACAGAGAGGUUUUAUAGAACACAGGCACCCUCGUAUUUACAACAAAAUGGUGUGCAGAAUUACAUGAAAUAUGCAGAUGCUAAAUUAAAAGAAGAAGAAAAACGAGCACUGCGUUAUUUAGAAACAAGACGAGAAUGUAACUCUGUUGAAGCACUCAUGGAAUGCUGUGUAAAUGCCCUGGUGACAUCAUUUAAAGAGACUAUCUUAGCGGAGUGCCAAGGCAUGAUCAAACGAAAUGAAACUGAAAAAUUACAUUUAAUGUUUUCAUUGAUGGACAAAGUUCCUAAUGGGAUAGAGCCAAUGUUGAAAGACUUGGAGGAACAUAUCAUUAGUGCUGGCCUGGCAGAUAUGGUAGCAGCUGCUGAAACUAUUACUACUGACUCUGAGAAAUAUGUUGAGCAGUUACUUACUCUGUUUAAUAGAUUUAGUAAACUCGUCAAAGAAGCUUUUCAGGAUGAUCCACGAUUUCUUACUGCAAGAGAUAAGGCGUAUAAAGCAGUUGUUAAUGAUGCUACAAUUUUUAAACUUGAAUUACCUUUGAAGCAGAAAGGGGUGGGAUUAAAAACUCAGCCUGAAUCAAAAUGCCCUGAGCUGCUUGCCAAUUACUGUGACAUGUUGCUAAGAAAAACACCAUUAAGCAAAAAACUAACUUCUGAAGAGAUUGAAGCAAAGCUUAAAGAAGUGCUCUUGGUACUUAAAUAUGUACAAAACAAAGACGUUUUUAUGAGGUAUCACAAAGCUCAUUUGACACGACGUCUUAUAUUAGACAUCUCUGCUGAUAGUGAAAUUGAAGAAAAUAUGGUAGAAUGGCUAAGAGAAGUUGGUAUGCCAGCAGAUUAUGUAAACAAACUUGCUAGAAUGUUUCAAGACAUAAAAGUAUCUGAAGAUUUGAAUCAAGCUUUUAAAGAAAUGCACAAAAAUAAUAAACUGGCUUUACCAGCUGAUUCAGUUAAUAUAAAAAUUUUGAAUGCUGGUGCCUGGUCAAGAAGCUCUGAGAAGGUGUUUGUCUCACUUCCUACUGAACUGGAAGAUUUGAUACCUGAAGUAGAAGAAUUCUACAAAAAAAAUCAUAGUGGUAGAAAAUUGCAUUGGCAUCAUCUCAUGUCAAAUGGAAUUAUAACAUUUAAGAAUGAAGUAGGUCAAUAUGAUUUGGAGGUGACCACGUUUCAGCUGGCUGUAUUAUUUGCAUGGAACCAAAGACCCAGAGAGAAAAUCAGCUUUGAAAAUCUCAAACUUGCAACUGAACUCCCUGAUGCUGAGCUUAGAAGGACUUUAUGGUCUUUAGUAGCUUUCCCAAAGCUCAAACGACAAGUGUUACUGUAUGAACCUCAAGUCAACUCACCCAAAGACUUUACAGAAGGUACCCUCUUCUCAGUGAACCAGGAGUUCAGUUUAAUAAAAAAUGCAAAAGUUCAGAAAAGGGGUAAAAUCAACUUGAUUGGACGCUUGCAGCUCACUACAGAAAGGAUGAGAGAAGAAGAAAAUGAAGGAAUAGUUCAACUAAGAAUAUUAAGAACCAGGAAGCUCAUACAAAUAAUGAAAAUGAGAAAGAAAAUUAGUAAUGCUCAGCUGCAGACUGAAUUAGUUGAAAUUUUGAAAAACAUGUUCUUGCCACAAAAGAAAAUGAUAAAAGAGCAAAUAGAAUGGCUAAUAGAGCACAAAUACAUCAGAAGAGAUGAAUCUGAUAUCAACACUUUCAUAUAUAUGGCAUAAUUUUGAAAAUCAUGGACAAUGUUAAGAACCCAGAUUUUGGAGUGCUUGGGCAGAAAGUUGUAACAGUUUGUGCUGGAGAAAGGUUUAUUUGGACUUUGAUUACAUAAAUAUUAAAAUCUCUGCCUUACCUUAUAAAACAACUAUAUUUUGCCAAUCACUUUAGUUAGCAUGAUGGCAUCCCCUUCAUGUUGCACACACUUUAACAGCAUGCUGUUUUGUGGAGAAACUUGCAUUCAUGAAGAGCCCAUUAUGAACUUUAAAAGGUAAAUUUGAUUUAUACCCACCUGGAGAAAUACAGUUGAAAAGGAUGACAGCGGGGUUCUUGUUGCUUUUUUCUCUUUUUUCCUCUCUUAAAAAAAUGUACUUGCACAAGGAAAGAUCUUCAGAUACUCAUGCACUGAAAAUGCUGUUAUCUUUUGUUUUUAAAAAAAUUCCAUUAAAACUAGAAAUAGCA